UGAGAAGUGUUCCAGCAUGUUUAGUUACACUUGACCUUGGCGAAUUGUUAUAUUAUAAGGGAGGGGGGAGUGGUGUCUUGAGUGUGGUUUUAAGAGGGGAGGGAGGCUUAGUAUUUGUUUACUAUGUAGUUACUAAAAACAGUACAGAUUCUGGCGGAAAAGGAAAUGAGUUUUGCCAUUCUUUUAAGGAAACAUUGUCGCAAUAGAGGAGACGAACUUAGUGGGGAGGAAAAAGUUUUAUAACUGACCUUCAAAAGCAUGGAUAAAAGACUUGGGUGGAAAGUUAGCCAAAUUUGCACGACAAAUUUUUUUUGAAAGGUAAAUCUAAAUGAGUUCGUCAGGCAAACUGACGGCCCCCCCCACGCUGGGAAAAAUUUAUGGAGAAGUGACGGUAUUCGUGGCAUGUAAAACGUAUCAUAUUUUCUGUUCAUGAUAAAAUGAAAAUGAGCUCUUAGAGAAUCAUAAUAAUAACACAGGGUGUUUGUUUUUCAUAUGGUUUACUGCUGCUGGCUGUGGCGAAUUAUGCCGCCAUGUGUCAUUAAGCAGAGUAUCAUGUUUGUUUGAUGAAAUAUGCCACCACUGCAAAUCAGCCUAAUUGAGUUCACUGGCCAUCAUUGACUUCUAGAUAAAAAGAUAAUUCAGGAUUGAAAACAGUUUAGCCCGAAGAAGACGAUGGCUUCACCCACUUCGACCGUCUUGUGGAAUAUUUCCUCCCCCUCUCCAGAGAAAACGUCAGCGCAAUCAUUGCCAACGCCGACAAUUGGAUUUGACGUGGAUUCGUACGAACAAACGUAUAACACCGCCUUGGCUAUUCUCUUUUCGGGUGUGAUCUUUUUUGGGGUCCUGCUCAACUCUAUCAUUGUCUUUACCGUGUAUCGCUGGCCAGAAAUGAGGACACCUUGCAAUCUCCUCAUCGUGAACAUAGCUGUGGGCGAUCUGGCAGUUGCUUCCUUAGGAGCACCUCUGAGGAUCAUCGAAGCGUUUGUGGGAUGGCCGUUUGGAAACUUUCUAUGCAGCGUCCUGCUUCCUCUUCUCGAAAUGUUUGUUACUGUAUCGGUUGUCACGCACACGACUAUCGCCCUGGAAAGGUUCCGUGCCAUUGUGCGACCCUUAAAAACGCGUUUAUCACUUCGAAACACCAAGCUCGUUAUCUUCGCGAUAUGGCCGGCGUGCUACGUAGCUUCUGCGCUUCCGAUAGCCCCCGUUUUAAAGGUUCAAGAGAUCGACGGUUUGGAUCGGUGUUAUCCACAAUGGCCAUUUGAACUCUAUCGCCCGAUAUACCAAGUAUAUUUAGUGACAUUGUUCAUCGCCGUUCCCCUUGUCAUACAAACUAUGGCAUACUUUAGGAUCAUGAAGGCACUACAAAACAGAUUGACGCCGAUGUGUGCCAUGGCGUUAGACCGAAAUAUACUGUCUCGCGCGAUACAAUACCAAAAGCGCCGACGUGUUAUCAAAACUCUAGCGAUUAUGGUGUUUGCGUUUCAAGUUUGUUAUAUUCCUCGAGCGGUGAUGCUUAUGUUCUAUGAGUUUGGCAUAGAAAGCGUGGACUGGACCAGCUUCAAAUAUGCUGAUCUUGUGAUUCUUAUAAUCUAUUACUUAAAACACGUCUUGAAUCCGAUCAUUCUUUUUGCAUCAAGCAGAGACUUCCAACGCUGGAGCUGUCUUCAAAUUUUUUGCCGUUGAUAUCUUUGCAUGCGGCAGAAGAGAUCAUUCUUAAAAGCUCGUGACCUUUUGCACGUGGGUGUUUUUAAGACUGACAGAAACUUUUCGUCAACGAUUUAAUUUUUUUUUAUGAAUGGUUAAAGGUUACUUCGAAAACUUGACUUAGCGAGCAACACUUGACAAAGAAAUGCAACCAUUUAUUAUAAUCAAACAGAUACUGUUUUUCAUCGAAAAAACAAUGGUUAAAAACAUUUAAAACAACUCGGGAUGGUGUUUCCUUAGCUGUUUUGAGCUAUAUGUGGAGUGACAUGUUCGAUUCGGAUGGCUGCCGCUUAGUGCCGGAUACGAUUUGAUUCCAUGGUUUUUGGUUUCCUUCUCUUUUCCGCAAAAUGCCUUUUUAUGUGGUGGCGAUUGCGGUCGAAAUUAAGUUGUAAACUAAUACCAGAAUCAAAGUUUGAACUCUUAAAAGUUAGAAAACUAAAACCCAGAGGUGAAAAAGAAUAAAUCUGAGAUUGUCUGUCUGAA